AUGGAGAUGAAGGAGAGUUUGCAGGCCAGUGCCAGCCGUUCCUUCAAGGCUGGCGAUCGUGUAAUGUGCUGUGAGCCCGUUGUGUGGGCCUUGGAAAGCAGCUAUUACAAAACACGCUGUGCUUACUGUCUGCGCGAAAGCCGAGAACUACGCACCUGCUCAGGAUGCAAAUUUCACCGCUACUGCAGCGUGGUUUGCCAGUCUGCUGACUGGAAGCUAGAGCAUAAACUGGAGUGCGCCCUGCUGAAGACCGAAAUUGGUGGUAACAUGGAAACGGCGUGCAGACCUCCGGACCCGGCGCGAGUCCUCAGCAUCAAGUUAGCCAACAAAAUUAAGUUAAACACGAUGACGGAAAUCCCGGGAGCGGGACGAAAAUCUGUCAAAGUCUUGUUACUCAUGCUGCCAGUCAGUCCCGAACAAUCAGAGCUAGAACGGCUGAUGACUUCCGAACUUUCCGCUGGGAAACCGCCAAAUUCCAUGCCAAUCGGCGUACCAGUAAAAGAAUUUUUGACCUAUUAUGGCAUUCUUCUCCAUAACGCUAUGCGCAUUUUCGAUGCGCUGUAUUGGCCCCGUGUACCAAUCGGCUUAGCACUGUAUCCACAGGUGACGCUGCAUCGGAUUGACAUCGGUGUGCUGGGACGUCAAUGUGGUGGUGGACUACCAAGGGCGACGGCUGCUCAUACAUGCUGUAGAAGACAUUCCACAAUACACCGGACUACGAGAUCUGCGAUAUAA